AAGAUAGAACUUUAAAAAAAUCAAAUGUCAAUUUCGUGUCGUCAUGGAAACCACAUUUUGUUUAUCAAUAUUCAAAAAGUGUGGUUUUGUCAAUAAAACGAGCUUAUUUCCAAGCAUAUAAAUAGUUCACUACAAUAAUGACCGAAUCUCAGAAAACACAAUUUGAAGCGAACCCUCGUGCGUUUCUUGAGCAGCACAUUACCGCUUUGCAAAGCGAGUCGAAGAUGACUCGAAAACAGGCCCUGAUUAAGAUCAAGGAAGAGAUAUUUGAGAACCCGGAGCACAAAGAUUGCGACUUAACUGUCGUUUUCCCAGAGGUCUAUGCUUACGUCUUGAAGAGUCUCACUGAUUCUUCUGAGGCUUGUCGAGAGACUGCAGUGGCAAUAAUUUCUAACUUCAUUAGCCGGUUACCGUUGAACGAUUAUUAUUUAACGUACAUUUUACCAGUUCUAGUCCGUCGGAUUGGUUGUCCGGAGAUUGUAGAAGAAUCUGAAGAGAUUCGUUUAAUCUUAGUCGAGCUAGUUCACCAGAUAAUGGUGAAAUAUAAUGUGACACACCUCCUGAGUCCCUUCAUCAAUGAUUUCACGAGUAUCCUCACGAAGACCAGCACGGACCCGUUUCCCAAGGUGAAGCUGGAGGCCUGCGAGUGUAUCAUUCUGCUGUCGAGGACCCUGGCGCGGGACUUCCAUUUCCAGAGUGAAAGCUAUGUAAAACCAGUGUUGUCUAACUUUGCUCAUCAACAUUAUAAGGUUCGGGUGGCAGCAAUUAGAGCUAUUGGGGCAAUAGUAAUAGCUGGAAAUGCAAAGUGCUUUGAGCUGUCCAUCACCCCAAUGGCCGAGAAGCUGUUUGAUGAGAACAACCAAGUCCGUCUGGCGGUCACAGAGGAGGUUGGCAACUGGAUGCUGAAUUACCGAGACCGGUACUCAUUCUGGCAUCGCAUGAUUCCUCUGCUCUUGACCAGCAUGAGUGAUGUAAUAGAAAAUAUCAGAGAAAUAGCCGCAAAACUCUGGACGGACAUUGGCCUUCAAUACAUGGAAGAAAAUGAGGAGGAUCUCAAGAAAAGAACGGAUUUUCUCAAGGACGUGCCGUCACACUACCCUGACCUGAAGAGACCUAAUCUAGGCUGCAGGCAGCUGGUGCAAAGCAAUAUUGGGAAGAUUGUGCCAGCUAUUGGAAGAGAAAUGGAGGGUUGGCAGGCAGACGCACGUCUCCGCGUAGCCCAGUUACUCUGCUGGCUUGUACUAUGCGCAGAAGAAGGAUCCACACAACACGCCAACACCAUUGUGCGGACGCUACACCGUGGGGCUAGUGACGAUGAUGACAGAGUUAUUCUAGAGGUGAAACGCGCCGCGGAGCUAUUCGGCUACUUCAUCAGCCCCGACACCUGGUGGCCCCUACUAGAGGCCGAGAUGGACUCGUGGGGAGCUCUUAUCGUUCUGGCGAAUAUUAUCAAAGGCUCUCAAGCGGAUCUGGUGCUGCCCAAGUUGAAGGACAUAUUCAAGGAACUGGCUGAUCCAGAUAGGUGUAGGGUUAGAAAGGUAAAAUACCAAAGGGGUCUCCUCUACGUGUCGGAAGCGGUGCUGGAUCUUUGCGGCGAGGGCUGCCAACGAGUACUAGAAGAAUUGUUUACCAUCAACUUCACCGUCUACGCCAUGCCGGCAGAUGAUAAGGCCCAGUUCAUGGCUCUGUCGAAUCUGGACAAGCUCCGUUUUGCAGAGAAUUGCGGGCGUACCCUCACCACGCUGUACGAGAAGCAUAUUCGCCACAUCCUGGCCGCUAUCACCUCGGACGCCCUGACUUGGACGCUGUUGACGCCAGACAGGUGUCUUCUGGAGUGCGUGCUGUUGAAUACUGGUUCAGCCAUGUCGUCCAACCUGCACCUAAUAGCCCCCCUCCUGAAGGAAUGCCUCGCGACCCCCAAAGUGGACCCCGAAGUCAAGCUGAAGAUGUUCACCGCUCUCUCCACCGCCUUGUUGCGGCGGCAGGACAACUUUAGCAAGUGCAGCGGCGACAUACUAGAGGCUUUCUUAAAAAUUAUCAUUGAAGAGGUGAUUUUGGUGAAUCUGGUAUGGGAACCAGGCCGCACUGCAGAAGCAAUUCGCACUGCCGCCAUCGCGUGUUUAUGUUCAGCAUUGCAAGAGAAUCCUCGCAACGAGCUUGAGACGGAGAGCGGGGCUGACGGCGACAAGCAGGGCAAGGACAAGGCAAUAAAUCUAUUCCCAACAAAAGAGUCCCUGGAGCCAUUCUUAGAACAAAUAGUCCCGUUGCUCAACAGUUUACUGGAUGACAACUCAGCACUGACUAGACAACAUACUCUUCGAGCCACGUGCUGUCUGGCUACAUUGGCAACUCGGCGAGGUUGCUUCACUGCUGAAAUUUUACACAAGUCAUACUUCGGAGUUUUGAAACGUCUCGACGACAGCAACGACAAAGUCCGUUCCUUCGCCGUCCAAACCCUCACCACGUUGUUCAAAAACCGCCCUGUCCCGUACAACACCGUACUAUACAACGCACACAUCGAUGCUACGUACAGCGCCAUGCUUAUACACCUUGACGACACCUCCGAGGAGUUUCGCAAGGAGAUGCUAGAUGCCCUGAUCACGCUAAGUGUCGUUGACCCACCACUCCUCAUGAAAAAAGUGAAAGCAAAUAUUCAACUGUACAGGAAUAAAGCGGCCUAUGAACGGCUUUCUACCCAUAUUGAGAAAAUAUUGAAGUCUUAGCUUAAUUUAUAUUUUAAGUUUUAUCGUACAAGUCAAUUUCCAUGUAGGCUUGAUCUUGCAAGAAAUUGGGAUUGGGGCCUAAGUAAAUGGUCCUAUUUAUGAAGCGGUAGUGGCCGUGGAUUUAAAUCCUGGCUCGUAACAAUGAGUUUUUCGGUGAAGAAACACAUCGUGAGGAAACCAGCAUAUAUCUGCGAAGAAAUUCAAAGGUGUAUGUGAAGUCCCCAAUCCGCAUUUGGCUAGCUUGAGGACUAUAGCCCGAGCCCUCUCGCGCAUGAGAGGAGGCCUGUGCCCAGCAGUGGGACGUAUAUAGGCUGAAUUAUUAUUAUUUUAUUAUUUUAUGGAGAGUUAGAGUGUGAUAUCCGUGGGACUGUCCAGAUUCCUUAAGAAUUUCGAGCAAAAUUAGAAAUACCAAUCGUGAUCAAUGAUCAUACAAAUAUUGUACCUAAUAGCCUCGUAAGGCAAAAGGGCCUAUAGAAUUUAUUCAAUUCGAUGAAAUUUAAAUCAUUUUCAAUUAGAACAGAGUUGCAAGUUUUGUUUCGUUCAAUUUUCAAACAAAAUAAAAUCAACUGUAUUACCUGCACUAUGGGUUCAAAUUUCAGUGGCAAAUUUUGUAUUAUUUAUUUCUGUGGCUGGGCCUUAGGAGGAUAGAUAAAGUGGCAUUUGUUCAUGGCUUAAUUUAGCUAACGACAUUAAGUUAAGAGGUCGUUUAGCGAAAAAGUCCAUCCUCUAAAAUUUGUCAUUUAAAUGAAUGACUGCUUUUUGACAGAAAGUUCAAAUUCUUUUGCUAGUUUUUUGUGGAUUGGACCCUUUUCCCUGGUGUUAGUGUUGCAAAAACCUACACGUAGAGGCAAUUAACAUGCAUGACUUAGGUACAGCGAGCUGCAAAAGUGCAUAGCUGCUUUAUGAACUUUAUUUGUUUGUAAAGUGGGUAUGCACCGUGGUAUGCACUUUUACAGCUGGGUGUACAUGAGUUGUUUUUAUGCAGCUAGCUAAAUUUCGACUUGUCUAGAGACAACUUAAUGAAUUUCAUUGUAAGAUCCUUUCAUGAUUUUAGUUUAUAAUUUAGAAGUGCAAUAAAUUGGUUUUAUCUUGGAA